AUGGGUAACGUAACCAGCGUCUCAGGCGUAGCCGAGGGCAGCGUACAAUUGCCUUGCAACUUGGAGCCCGAGUUCGAGGGCGAUACGGCGUUAAUUGUUGUUUGGUACAAAGGAUCGAGCAACGAGCCAAUUUAUUCAUUCGACACGCGACGAAGGGGCCAGUUCAACGACGUGCCGCGCUGGUCGUCCCCACAAGCGCUGGGCCGUCGGGCUUACUUCAGCACAGCCACGAAGCCCGCCCACUUGAGCAUCAACGACCUCAAGUCCAAGGACGAGGGGUUGUACAGGUGCCGAGUGGACUUUCUCAACUGGCCGACGAGCAAGCAGACCAUAAAUUUAACCGUGAUCGAGCCGCCGAGUAAGCCGGAGAUAAUUGACGGGGACACGCUGAAGCCGAUCCAGAGCAAGGCCAAGAGCUACAACGAGGGUAGCGAUUUGCGGCUGAUAUGCCGGACGAGGGGUGGCCGACCGGCGCCGAGGCUCGUGUGGUUCCUGGACAACACGGUGAUCGACAACUCGUACGAUUACAAAGCCGGGAGUGGCGAAACGACGAAUCACUUGUCCUUUUUGCGUAUAAACCGGCAGCACCGCAACGCCCAGCUCAUCUGCCAGGCCAGCAACACCAAUCUCGGCACGCCCCAGAGCGCCUACGUCACUCUCGACGUCAAUCUGAAGCCGCUGGACGUGCACAUAUUGACGAAAGAGAUGUCGGUGAAAGCUGACAAAAAGUACAAGGUCGAGUGCCGCAGCACGGGCUCGAGGCCUGCAGCUGUGAUCACCUGGUGGAAGGCCAACAAGCGAAUCGACAACCAAACCGAAACUUACACGCCGGGCAACAAUCAGAGCCUGAGCAUACUGAGCUUCGUGCCAAGCAUCAAGGACAACGGGGCCUACCUGACGUGCCGCGCCGAAAACCCCAACAUCACCAACAGCGCGCUUGAGGACAAGUGGCACCUCGACGUGCACCAUCAGCCCCUGGUGAGCCUCAAAAUGGGCCCCUCCCUCAACCCCGACGACAUAAAGGAGGGUGACGACGUAUACUUUGAGUGCGACGUUCGCGCCAAUCCCAAGAUCUACAAGCUUUCCUGGUUCAAGGACGGCAAAGAGCUGAGGAACAACGCGACCCUGGGCAUAGUGAGGAGCGACCACUCGCUCGUCCUGCAAGGCAUAAGCCGUGGCUCGGCUGGCGAGUACACCUGCACGGCCGUCAACACCGAGGGCGGAGCUUCGAGCAACCCCGUCCCUCUGCGCGUCAAGUACGCACCGGUGUGCAAAGAGGGCAAGAGCGAGGUGGUGGUAGGUGCCCUGAAGCUGGAAACAGUGACGCUCAUCUGUUCGGUCGAGUCUCACCCACCCCCGGAGACGUUCCACUGGACCUUCAACAAUUCGGGCGAGCCGAUCGAGGUGCCCCAGCUUCGGUACUCUCACCACGCGACGGCGACCGGAGCACCGCCCGCGACUCCACCAGCCUCAGCCACGUCCCACCAACAGCAGCAUCAGACGGACAACCACUUAAGGGAGUACCAGCAAUUUCGCGGGGCACUGAUGAACUACACGCCCACGACGGAAAUGGAGUACGGGACCGUCGCCUGCUGGGCCAGCAAUCAAGUGGGCAAGCAAGGCUCGCCCUGCCUCUUUCAGGUAAUAGCAGCCGGCCGACCGUACGCCCUGCACAACUGCACGGCGACCGAGAUGUCGCAGGCAACGGAGCUGGAAAACCCGGGGCUGGUGAAACCCGCAUCGGCGAGCGGCACCGGGGCAACAUCAGCUACGGGUCUACUGGUGCGUUGCAUCGAGGGCUACGACGGCGGUCUGCCCAUUCAGCACUAUUUCGUGGAAGUGGUGAGCGACGAGGAGGAGGGCUCGGAACUGAUCCUCAACAAGACGGUCCUCGCCACCUCCGGUGCCGGUGGACCCACGAUAAGGGUAGCCGGCCUCACCGCCGGCCGGAACUACAAGCUCUUCCUGUACGCGGUCAACGCCAAGGGCAGGAGCGAAGCCACCGUACUCGAGCCGGUCACCCUCAAGGGUGCCGCCAUGUACACCACCGAAAACGCAGACGCCACGGCGAUCAACCCGUUGCUGCUUGGAUUGGUGGGGGUGGCGAUAAUCCUGGCCCUGCUGGUCGCCAAAAUAUCGGCCAGCAUAUACAGGAAGCACUCGAACGGUCUCGCCGGAAGUCCAAAGCAUGCCAUCGCGUGCGAGCCGGCCAACGCCGGCUCCACCACUCCGGUGCAUCCGCAGACCAAGCAGGCGGUCGACGACAUCGACCCCGACAUCAUACCCAACGAGUACGAGAGAAGACCCCUGACGAGCGCCCCGGUGCAGUACAAGACGCCACCCCAGAGGCGACGGGCUCGAGCUAACAACAACGGAAGCGUUGCCAGCCCCUCGGACGAGCCGAGCUCGUCACCGGAAAUGAAGCCGAUGGUGCAGCGCUCGAACCUCGAGCUGCAGCACGCGGGGGUCAGCGGGGCCCUGGGCGAGGCCGACCUGAUGAACGAGCCGCUGUCGGCCCGGACCUACGUCGCCCCGAACCACUUUUACAACAAGCCCGGCUUGGCCCAACUCGCCGGGUACACCAACUCGCCCACUAUCGACGACUUCAAGCAGAUGGCCUUCAACGCCUACCAGCGCAACCACAACCAAAAUGUAUAUUACAGUCUACAGAGGCCAAACACCGGCUUACCGACGAUACCCCACAUCAGGCCGGUUCCUUCGUCGAUAUCCGCCGACGGCAAGAUCCAUCGACCCGAAGUCGUCACCCGGAGGGCCAACCAGAUUCAGGAAAGUUGUAUAUAAAAAGCGAGAUACCAGCUGCCCGGACUGAGCGUACCUUUGAAUCGUCCAUACAGGAAAAUAUGGACUACAAUAUUUGCGGCGUGACACUGUAGCUCUUGUCAGUGCAAAGUGAGUAUGCCAGAGUACGUGUGUGUGUGUGUGUGUGAAAGAGUGGUUAGAUGAAUGAUUCCCAUAAUUGCGAUGAUUGGUGUGCCACAAACUAUACGGGAGGAGUCACGCAUCGCUCGAUACGUCAGAUUGUUGGAUCGGAGAAAUAAAGUGGCAGACGACUGCCUAUUCAACUUGUCCAUUUAUCGCUGAUUUCUAUUAAUAGUUAAUUGAAUAUUUCAACCAAUUUUUCUUCCGAUACAUUUUUGAAAAAAUUUCCAAUUCCAAAACUAUUUCUACUAACGACUGAUGUUCCGAUAAUCAAUCGAUCGAUCGCUGUUUAGUUGAGUUUUUAAUGAAUUUUUAUUAAAUGUUUAUGUAUCCAACAGCCGUGUCAUUGCCAACGGGAGUGAAAGAGUAUACGUUGGAUCGAAAAAAUUGUAUCUUCCAUACGGAGAUUGUUUAUAUUUGCUAGAAAAAAAAGGGAAGCGAUUGUUUG